AAGGGCGCCUCCAUGGGGGGCGCUCAGCUGGAGCGACCGAGCGGUGCCAGGCCAGGUGUGUGCGUCCGUCGGUCUUUCCGUGCCCACGCCGGAGACCAGCCCCGGAGGCCGCCUGGGCCUAUCCCUGUGCCCGGCACCAUGAAGCAGGAGUCUGCAGCCUCGAACACCCCGCCCGCCUCGCAGUCCCCUACACCGUCCGCUCAGUUCCCCCGAAACGACGGCGACCCUCAAGCUCUGUGGAUUUUCGGGUACGGCUCCCUGGUAUGGAGGCCCGAUUUCGCCUACAGCGACAGCCGUGUGGGCUUCGUGCGCGGUUACAGCCGCCGUUUUUGGCAGGGAGACACCUUCCAUCGGGGCAGCGACAAGAUGCCUGGCCGUGUGGUGACGCUCCUUGAAGAUCAUGAGGGCUGCACUUGGGGCGUGGCAUACCAGGUGCAAGGGGAGCAGGUAAGCGAGGCCCUGAAGUACCUAAAUGUGCGAGAGGCAGUACUUGGUGGCUACGAUACCAAGGAGGUCACCUUCUAUCCCCAAGAUGCUCCUGACCAACCACUGAAGGCAUUGGCCUAUGUGGCCACCCCGCAGAACCCUGGCUACCUGGGCCCUGCGCCGGAAGAGGCCAUCGCCACGCAGAUCCUGGCCUGCCGGGGCUUUUCCGGCCACAACCUUGAAUACUUGCUGCGUCUGGCAGACUUCAUGCAGCUCUGUGGGCCUCAGGCACAGGAUGAGCACCUGGCAGCCAUCGUGGACGCUGUGGGCACCAUGUUGCCCUGCUUCUGUCCCACUGAGCAGGCUCUGGCGCUGGUGUGAGGGGCUGAGCCCCUGCGGGGAGUGCCCAUGUGGACAUCAAGGCCAGACACCCCCUCCAGUGCACAAGACAGACUUGCGACCACUUGAGCCCACUGAGCAGACAUGGUAGGUGGCUGGAGGCUUCUCUUUCUCAGCCCCUGCCUGUCUGCCAGCCUCCAGCUCUCCUGCUUUAAACUUACUACUUGAAACUUUAUUUAUUGCACCAUGUUGGUGUGGUGGGCAGGCGGAGGGCCUGCCCUGGACACAGGGGGCCCUGCUGAGCAGUGGCCCCAUCCUGGAACUUGGCCAGAUUCCCCCAAGUGCUGCUGCUAACCCCGUACCACCCAGGCCUCCUCCUCCCCAGGGAGUCUCCAAGAGCCUCCAUCCUCUGCUCACUCAGCCCAGACAUCCAUAGCCCUGGGAAUUCCACCUGCCAAGGAUCCCAGCAGGCUGGACGAGGGAUAGUAGGGCAUGAAGAAAAGGAGCUCUGCAAGGACUGAGGCCCCGGCCAGCCCUUCUCCUCCACUGGUUCCCCAGGGCAGAGCUGGAGCUGAUGCCUGGACACAGCUGCUGAGCCUGGCCUGGGCCUCUUACUCAUUUGGUGGUUUCCUUGUCCCUCUGUCUGUCUAUCUACUUGUCUGGGCCACUGCUGCCUGUGUGUUGGUCUAUUCCUGGGAAGCUCAUCACUACUGGCCCUGACACCUUCCCAGUCUGUCCCGUACUGUUAUCCAUAAAGCUAGCUCUU